GUGUCACCAUCGCUGCUAUGGCGCGUCCGCGCCAGCCCUGGCAGCCCACGCGCAACGCCGCAAGCUGCGAGACGCGGCGCUUGCUGCGGCCGGUGGCGGGGCUGAAGGAGGGUGUACAGCUGCCAAAAGGAGUGGAGGAGGAACUUCGUGAAAGCAUCGACAGGAAGGCGUGGCUCCCUACCGCGGGAGCUACUGCUGAGCCGCGAAGAUGGUGGGGAUCUGCCACCCCAGCAGCGGUGGAUCUUCGAAAAAACGCUGCAGCAUCACACGGCCGACGCCUGGAUGCAGAGGGUGGAAGCCUUGGACAAGGCGGAAGGUUGUUCCAUCUGCUUGGAGGACAUGGCUGUGGCUUCGGAGGCCGUGAGGCUGCCAUGUGGCCACUGCUAUCAUCCCAGAUGUCUUAAGAAUUGGUUCGUGAGAAAGCUGCGAUGCCCCUUGUGCAAUGUUGCAGUGGAAUGAGUGGAGCGUGGGUGACAACUCAGAUAUUUGCAGCGCCAAAAGGCAGCUUCUUGUGACCUUCUGGGUGCGAUCAAUUUUCAAGUAGAGUUCCUCCCCAUUUUUGAACUGGGGCCGGCGUAACGCUGCCGUUCGCGUUGAACGCUGAACGAGGACCGGUCCUCACAAAGACGGAGCAAACUUGAGACGC